CAGGACAUACCCACAAUCCCUCAGCACGUCAGCUCUGUGUAAACUCCCAGGACUCCUCGCGCAGGAGCAGUACCACUCCUGGACGCACACCAGUGACGUCACAGCUACAAAUACACGCUGCCUCCGCUCAGGGAUGCUAUAAAGGUUGACCGCUACCCUUGCUUCUUUUGACUAAAGCUGAACCGGUUUAGCGCAGAGAUGAAGCUGAGUAAAGCGCAAUACGAUGAAGUCGCCCGCUUCAUUACUAGACUGAAGCCCACAAGGCAAUGCAUGAGGCAUCUGAAGGAGAGGUUCCCCCAUCAAUCGCAGUCCACUCUGCUGAGCAUCUUCUCCCAGGAGUACCAGAAGCUUAUAAAAAGGACCCAUGCAAGACACCAUGCUCCUGACACCAUUGAAAAGUACUACAGCAGGUACUUACAUGAUAUAGCAGUGGAUCCAGCAGCACCUGUCUUGUUAAACCUGGCCAAUGAGGUAGACUUUUCUCCAGCCUUGAUCGCACGAACAAUUUUGGAGCGAUUUCUUCAAGACCAGGAUGGAGUCAUGCCCACAAAGCCCGUCUUGAACAGUAUGCUGCGUGACCCAUCUCUGAUCCCUGACCCUGUUCUUGCAAAUCAGGUCAAUCAGUGUAUUGUCAAUGACUGCUGCAAUGGACCCUUGGUGGAUUGCAUCAAGCACUCUAUUGGUCAUGAGCAUGAAGUUCUUUUAAGAGAGAAACUGCUGGAGAAUAACCUAGCAUUUUUAGAUGAAGACCAGCUGCGUAUGAAGGGCUACGAUAAAACUCCCGACUUCAUUCUGGAGGUGCCAGUAGCUGUCGAAGGCCAUGUUAUUCAUUGGAUAGAAAGUAAAGCAUCCUUUGGCGAUGAGAGUAGUCACCGCAUGUAUCUGCAGGAUCAGUUCUGGAGCUACUGGAACAGGUUUGGGCCUGGCCUGGUCAUCUACUGGUAUGGAUUCAUUGAAGAGCUUGACUGCCACCGGGAACGCGGUAUACUGUUGAAGGAUGAGUUUCCUUCUGACAUAGUAACACUGCAUUGCUGCAUGGCACUCGAAGAAGAGCAAGGCCAGCAAACCGAAGAGCACAAGCCAGAGAAAAGCCAGGAAGCACAGUAAUAGUUACACGCAGGUUUUAUAUGUUGAACUCCACUUGAACUGCAGGAUGAGGUUACAGAGCUGCCUUCUCAUACAAACACUCAGACAAUAUGUUUACCUUCCUUCCCAGCUGCCCUUCUGCCCUGUGUUACAGCCCAAAAUCCACGCACUAUCUCUGACACCUCUGCUUCUGCAGAUGCUCUGCGGACAUACACACUGGCCUUCCUUCCGUCUGCACCCUUUUACCCUAAGCCAAGAGGAAACCGAUGGUCUUCUGACGGCCCUUUCUGGUAUUACUGUCCAAAUAUAUUUGCAACGGACCUUUGUUGUUGGGCGUGUAGUUCACUAGGACAAUGACAAAGGGUGAAUAUAGGAAAUUUGUAUAACACAUCCAGUAUCAUGCAUAAGAAGAUUGUAAGCAGUCAGAUGUCAGCAGAUAGUAAAUGAAUUGUUACAUAAUAAAGGCCCUUUUACAAAGGACAGCACAGCGGCUAAUUACCUGGAACGAACCAGUCGUUCCCGAUAAUUGCCUGCUCGUUACAGAAGGCAAUUUACAUGCAACAAUCAACUCCCCUCAAUGGGGAGAAGUGAUCGCUAGAGUAUUCGCUCGUCCCCAUACACAUUCAUUGUUUCUGAGCACAAUCUAUCCAGAAACUAUGAUUUUGGUGUCCACCCCAGCAAUGUUUUCACCCUAAAAAGCAAACGUGUGAUCGGAGACACCUUUAGCAUUCCUAAGAAUGUUUCUUCUCAAUAAAUGGCCCAUGUAAAGCUGCUUUAAGGACUAAUUGUUAAUGUCUGUUUUUUAUACAAAUAAAGCUUUGUG